CCCUGAGGGCAAAGAAGUGCAGCGCCAAGCCAACACAAACCAGCCGUUUUUCCUCUGAAGCACCAGAAAAGAACAGAAGAUGAACUGUGAGACUGUGCUGAAGAGCGCACCGAUCGCUCUCUUCCUGAUGGCUCUGGUCUCAUCUGGACAAGGAGUGGAGAGGCUGGCUUCCUGCUGCACAUCAGUCAGCAACGAGGAAAUCACCGAACCAAUUCUGGGAUACAUGAUCCAGGAGAGAAACCUUCCAUGUGUCAACGCUGUCAUCUUUCAGACAAACUCCGGCCUUUACUGCAGCAGACUCAGAGCUCCGUGGGUUUUCCCAAAGAUUAAAGAACUGAGAGCCAAAGCUCGUUCGACGAUUUCAUCAUCUUCAGCCUCCCUCCUCUCCAUCAUGACUUCCACUGCUUCCUCUUCGUUCACCCGUCUUUCCUCCUCCUCCUCUUCUGAAUCAGUGACUCCAUCUUUACCCUCGCUCCUCUCCAUCCUGACCUCCACUGCCUCCCCGCCCUCUUCAUCCACCCGUCUUUCCUCCUCCUCCUCUUCUGAAUCAGUGACUCCAUCUUUACCCUCGCUCCUCUCCAUCAUGACCUCCACUGCCUCCCCGCCCUCUUCAUCCACCCUUCUUUCCUCCUCCUCUUCUUCUUCUCCUGAAUCCGUGACUCCAUCUGAGGUGUCAUCUUCUUUACCCUCGCUCCUCUCCAUCCUUCCUUCCACUUCUUCCUCUUCCAUUUACCCAGACUCCGCCCCCACAGAGCAAGUCGACGAAUCGCUUUGGGACGUCCUGAGUUCUUCUGCAUCCGCUUCAACUCUAGCUGAUGAAGACAUUCCACAAACCUCGUCAGAUGAAACCAUUUCCUAAUGCUGCUGAACUGUUAGAGCCCCACCCAUAUGUUAACUUUGACUUUAGUUUCUUUGAAUUUAUUUAUUUCAACUUUUGGCUAAAAGAAAACAAAAUAAAAAUGUGGGAUUUUAUUUAUUAGCUGGUAUAUUUAAAAGUGUUUAAAUAUAUAUUAAUUAUAUGUGAGCAUGUCAAGCUAACUAAAUAUACUUAUUUAUUUCCAUGAAGGUGUUUGACUUGUUAUUUCAUCUGGAAAUAAUCAUAAGUUAUGUGAAUCAAAGCUCCUAUUAAAAUGGAUAAAAACAAAGACUUUCUUUUGAA